AUGAAGAAUCCCUUUUUGGUCAAGCACAAGGAAAAGGCCGAGUUCAACCAGUACUGGUACUCGGCCAAGACCAUCGCCUUCCUGGCGGAGCAGGCCCUCGCUUCGCCCGGGGAGGUGUGCUUCCUCUCCUGCCCCUCCGUCUACGGCUCCGUGAAGGGGCCCGACCGUGAUCGCUGCUUCCUCUUCGACAAGGUGGCCGGGAACAACUACUUUCCCUACGACUUUAAUCGGGCAGAGGACAUCCCCGUGCACUUCAAAGCCCGCUUCUCCUUCAUUCUGAUCGAUCCUCCCUUCAUCACCCGAGAGGUCUGGCAGGCCUACGCCCGCACCGUGCGGAUGAUCGGCGCCAAAGACGCCCGGGUGCUCUGCUCGACCAUCGACGAGAACGCAGACCUGCUGCGUGAGCUGCUGGGGGUGGAGAGGGCCACCUUCAGACCGCUGAUCCCAAACCUGGUCUACCAGUACUCUUUCUUCGCGAACUUCACGAAUGAGGCCCUCGAGACUGUCAACGAGGAAAUCGGGUUCUGA